UUACUAUUUUUUACUUUCUUGUUUCUUCGAUUUGAGGUUAUAUCAUGUGGUUCCUUGUGUUUUAUUUGAUAUUUAACUAAUUAUUUUAAUAAACUAAUUAAUAAUUAUUAAAAUGGGUGUUAAAUCCAACGAUGAACCGCUCUCCACUAAAUAUGUUUUUAACAGAAAAGCUGGCCGAAGUAUAAUAGAACGUCGACCUGUAUUUUCACCGGAUGGAGAAUAUAUAAUUUUAAUUGUUGAAAAUGUGGCAAGAGUAUACAACAUUCAAACGGGUGACUGCACUCGCACGCUUGAAACUGAAGGGUCUAUCAAUGAGCUAGUGGCGGUACAGUUUCCUGAAGAUGAAGAUUACAAUUUGUGUGGUUGUUCUGACAAUGGUCUUGUCACAACAUGGACUUGGGAGCAAGGGGCUGUACUUCGAGAAGUUCAACUCCAAAUCCCAAAUUCAGCAAAAGUGUGCACAUUUAAUGUAAUAGACAGCAAUGAAUGUUUCAUCAUUAGUUAUGACCAUAGUAUAGACAAAGUUUAUACUGCAACACACUCUCUUAAAAAUGGUAGCUUAUUAUAUGACUAUAUUCAGAGGAAAUUAAAGUAUUUUGAGAUUAUGUGUGUUGCUAUUGGUUGGUGUCAAGGUGACAGAUUUGCAGCCUUCUCCAAUGGAACUAGUACACUGCACAUUCAGAAUCUAAAACACCCACAUAUGAAAACAGAAUUGAUGAACUUCAAUGGAUUCAGAAUUUUAUCAGUAGCAGCUCAUCACAGGGAGCCUAUGAUUGCUAUAACCGACACAUUGGGGAGAGUAACAGUCAUCCGAGGAAAUCUAUAUGACACUCGCAAUAUAGGCAGAGAAGUUUUACACUGGCAUUGUUUGCCGACAUUUGCAUCAUGUUUUUCCACACAGGGCAAUUAUUUGAUUACUGGUGGCGUGGAGAAGGUGUUGGUCAAAUGGACACUAGGCAACUUAGCGGACAGAGCUAAUCAGAAGGCUUUCAUCCCGAGGUUGCCUGGCAUCAUACGAUACAUUACAGCCAACAGUAACCACAUUGCUAUAACACUUUCCAACAACUCCGUGGUUAUAGCCAGUGCAAUAAUGCGAGUGGUAACCACAAUCCUCGAAUGUGGAGGACUGUCUCCAGUAGGCAGAGUGCUGGGAGCUUCGCUGGUGUACUAUCGGCCCUCGAAGGCUUUGCUGAUGCCGGGCAGGACGGGACACUUGCAGCUCUACUCCACCACUACUGAUAAAGUUCUCUACAAUAUUGAUGUAACACAAAUGAACAGUCUUACUUCCGAAAGACAGAACCUUAUACCUUUGGAAGUGGAAGUUACGUGUGCUGCGAUCUGUGCCACCGGGUCCUGGCUGGUGACAUCAGAAUACAGGAAUGACGGCACCAAUUAUCCCGAGGAACAGCUAAAGUUUUUUGCUGCAAAGCACAACUCUUCACCAUUCAAAUUAAAUACAUCAGUGAAUUUAUCACAUGGAGGUUGCAGGGUUGUGUCUUUAGCACUAAACAAUAGAGGUCAAUUUUGCGUAUCAUCGGGCACAGACCAAAAAUUCAGGAUAUGGAAACGUGGUACUACGGAUGAUAGACGGAAAAAGAUAGUGUGGUACUGCCUCACAACCUGCUAUUACUCAUCAGGCAUAGCCCAUUUUCUCGGGAAUCCGGUUUUGAACAAAUUCAAAACCAGUGAAAAUCUCCACCCAAAUGAAAUUAAAGACUAUCCAUAUAUGAAGGAUAUUACACGUGAUGACCUUGUGAAGAGAAUUUUUAACAUACACAAGCAUGAGGGAGAGUCUCUCGCAGAUAAACAAGUUGUUGGUAGCAAAGGUUCAGGCAAUAACGAGUUUUCGAUGGCCGGUGUGGCGAUAUCGCAGGACGGCUCGUUGAUCGCCGCGUGGUUCGGAAGUAAACUUACUCUGUGGGACACGCAUCUGUGCAAUCUACGGACAACACUGUCACAUCCAGCACUGCAGCCGAAAGGCGUCCAUGUGCAGUUUGGAAAUAAGGACGCUGCCCAUUAUCUUGUUUGUACAACCAACAAAUGCUUGGCAGUCUGGAGUCUUUUGUCUCUGACAAUCAAAUGGAUGGUUCAGAUUGAGACAACAUGCCUGGUGGCUGAUCCUUAUAGCAACAAAAUGGCCAUGAUCACCACAGAUAACGAUAUAUACGUUUUUACUCCUCACAAUUCAACACCAAUAUUUGUACAACGUACGGUGGGCAUGGGCAUUAAGCAUUGUGCGUUUGGUUCUUCCAAGGAUGACGAUGUGUGCCUGUAUGUGAUGACUGAUACUUCUGAGAUCUACUGCUUAGAACCCGAGACAACAGAAGAAGGCCGCUUAGAAGUGUUAACGCAGAGCAACCUUCCCGCAUCCAAGUUCAGCGCGCUCAUAGCCGAGCAGAGCCUAUAUGACGUCACGUCCACCACUAACUCCGUCACACAGGAGUUGAAUAAGGCUGCCCUUGGGAACACGGCCGUUUCUCAGUUUCUAUCCGCCGCUCCUCACAUGGUGCCUCCAGUGAGUUUGCUGUGUCCACUAUUCCUGCAACAUAUAUCGGGAUACAAAGAAAUCGAGCAAACGGAGGAAGAAGAACCCCCAAUGGAAGUCGACCCUCAGACCAGCGAUGACGAAGACGUACAAGUUAAGUCUACACAUGCUCCUAAACCUGCCCAGCUGUGGGCACCAAGCUACGAUACAAUUAAGCAAAAAAGAUUAGGGAAAAUACUAAGAGAACCAUUAUUAAAUUUAAGUAUGACAUCAUCAUUGUUUAACGUUUGAUUUAAGGAAUAAAUUUGUUUAUUAUUUUACGAAA